CGCAGUUGGCCGGAAAUACGUCAUCGCGUCUUCCCGAGAGUGGGCUCUUCAAACGCCGAGAGUGGGAACUUUUCCUCCGGGGGCACCAUGGACUCUCAUGAGGAGGUGUGGGAGACUCUGGACGCAGAGUUUGACCACUACUUGGUGGAUAUGAAGCCGCACAUCUUAAAGCUUCCGCAGAGACUGGACCGCCAGCGAUGUGCCUUGUGGAUCAAAAAGUUGUGCGACCCGUCUGGUGCGGGGUCCGGAGUGACAGGUAGGAAGAAUAGAAACUUGUAUGCCAAGCUCCUUCUGCACAUGCUGAAACGUGGGGUCCUAGAGGGGCCUUUCACCCACAAACCUGAGGAUGGCACGCUGAAGACUCUGCCCACAUAUAUGUCCAUCUAUUUUGAUGAGCCCAAUGCUCCGCGGUUUCGCGCCUCUGGUUCGGGGGGAUUGCCGGACUGGGUGCAGGGGGAGCUGGAAGGUAAUGAUGACUUCUCUAAGUUGUUACCGCAGGAGGAGGCAACGUCCAUCACUUCACCGGACAGGCUCCGGCGCUCGUACACCCGGAUGAGGUCCCUGAGCCCGAGGCUUCGCACCGAGAUAAAUCCACCCCGUAAGGGGGAUCAUGGGAAGCGGCUCCUAGUCAGUCAUGAUGACAGCGACCUGGACGGCGUACUGACCCGCUGGAACCUGGGGGUGGAGAAUCCAAGAUAUCUGCGCGACAAACCCUCACCUCUAACCCCG